AUGUAUGAAAAUUAUACAAAAUGCUUGCCAGAAAAAAGCCUCGACUUAACAAUAACAUCGAUAGAUAGAGCUCUAUUAUCUUAUAUUUUUCCCGUGCAAUUUGUAAUAGGAUUCGUUGGAAACUUGCUGAUUUUGUGGGUAAUUGACAGUGAUAAAUUCAAAAAUCGAGCUAACGAUAUGUUAGCAGCAGUAAGCUUCGCAGACCUGGUAUUCCUCGUGUUGAUGUUACCACACAGUCUGGCAGCUUUUAAAAAAUUUGAAAGAAGUUUAACCUUUCGCCUUAUCUACUUGUCUACAAAGCAAACUCUUGGAGCAUUGGCAAACUGGAUGUCUGCCUCAGCUAUAUGGUUAAUUUUGGCAGUAUCUGUUGAACGACUUCUGGUAAUUCGACGCCCUCUGCGAUCUCGUUUUUAUUGGAAGAAGCGGGUCAAGUACUUCGUUCUUUUAUCAAUUUUUGCUGCUACUGGUGUUCUAACGACAUAUCAUCAUUUUGAAUAUGACUGCCAGAUGUUUUUCACAUGUAAUGGUGCACAACUGUCGCAAGCAUGCUAUUCUGCGACAGAUGAAAAACAUCCAGUAUCUUGGAUGAAUUCGAACGUAGUUUAUACCUCACCAAUGAAACGUCACUUUAUAUGGAUCAGCACUCUUUGCAAUGCUUUGUUGGUGGUGUUCAUUCCGAUUGUUCUCGUGGUUGUCCUAAACACCCUGCUUGUAUGGCAACUUCAUAUCAGUGAAAAUACCGCUCGUUUGCAUGCAGAUGGCACUUCACUGCGUGCUAUACAACAAAUGCAGUUUCAGCGACAAAAAUAUCGGGUUACAGUGACUGUCGUAGCAAUAGCUUUUUCUUUUUCGAUAACUCAAGGACCAUCAGCAAUAAUGGUACUAUGGGAACUACGCGGAGGCUACGCGAGUCGGAGCGCUCACUUCUUAACAAUCUUCAGUAUAACUAAUACCUUAGUGGUUUUUGGCAAAAUGACCAACUUUGCUCUUUUUUGGUUCUUUUCAUCGCAUUUUCGGCGCAAAUUCAUUGGCCUUAUUAUUCGCAAGUUCCCUAAGGUUUAG